GCUGUGUAUGUAGCCAUUGCUGCAUCAAUGGGCAACAUGUUGCAAGGAUGGGAUAAUGCCACAAUUGCAGGAGCUGUUCUUUACAUCAAAAAAGAGUUCCAUCUAGAAACACAACCAACAAUCGAAGGUCUAAUCGUGUCCAUGUCACUUAUCGGUGCUACAGUGAUCACCACGUUCUCGGGAUCAGUGUCAGACGCCAUCGGGAGACGCCCAAUGCUCAUAAUAUCUUCAUUGUUUUAUUUCAUGAGUGGUUUGGUAAUGUUUUGGUCACCAAGUGUUUAUGUUUUGCUAGUGGCAAGACUUCUUGAUGGGUUUGGGAUAGGUUUGGCUGUGACACUUGUGCCACUUUAUAUUUCCGAAACUGCCCCUUCGGACAUUAGGGGACUGUUGAACACUUUCCCGCAGUUCACGGGUUGUGUUGGAAUGUUUUUAGCAUACACAAUGGUGUUCUUCAUGUCUUUACAGUCCAGUGCUAGUUGGAGAAUGAUGCUCGGGGUCCUUUCGUUACCUUCCAUUGCUUACUUUAUACUCGCGGUGUUUUACUUGCCUGAAUCUCCGCGGUGGUUGGUCAGUAAAGGUAAGAUGGAUGAAGCUAAACAUGUCCUGCAGUUGCUUCGGGGCAAAGAGGAUGUCUCAGGUGAAAUGGCAUUGCUAGUUGAAGGUCUAGAAGUGGGAGGUGAAACAUCUGUUGAAGAAUAUGAAAUCAAUGCCGACAAUGAGCUUAGUGAAGAUCAUGUUCGAGAGAAAGAUGAGAUCAAGUUGUAUGGUGCAGAAGAGGGUCAAUCAUGGGUCGCUAAGCCGGUUAGGGGCCAAAGUUCUUUAGUCCUGGCUUCGCGUCAAGGAAGUGUGGCUGCACAUAUGAUGGACCCGAUGGUGACUCUAUUCGGAAGCGUACACGAGAAACAAAACGAAAUGGGAAGUAUGAGAAGUAUGAUCUUUCCUACUUUUGGAAGCAUGUUUCAAGGAGAUCAACAACAAAAACCUGACAACUGGGAUGUCGAGAGCAAUCACGAAAAAGGGAAUUUAUCGGAGGACGAAACCGAUGAUAAUAAUCUAAAAAGCCCGUUGAUAUCGCCAAAUGCUAGGCAGCCUGGUGAGACCACUAGUGCCAUGGGGAUUGGUGGCGGGUGGCAGUUGGCCUACAGAAAGUCCGAAGAUGGGAAGAAUGCUGGCGGCCUAAAGAGGAUCUACUUGCACCAGGAGACUGGUGCUGAAUCUAGACGCGGGUCUGUUGCUUCACUCCUCGUUCCGGGUCCUGUUACUGGUGAUGGUGAUGUUGUUCGAGCGUCGGCUCUAGUGAGUAGAUCCGUUCUUUGUUUAGAUGGUGCAAUGGGUCAGAACCCAAUCCAGUCGGGUGCGAUCAAGCCACCGCCAUCUUCUAAAACAGGGACAAGUUGGUCUGAUCUUGCUGAACCCGGAAUUAAACAAGCGUUGAUUGUUGGUGUUGGGAUCCAAAUACUUCAACAGUUUUCUGGCAUUAACGGGGUUCUAUAUUACACCCCACAAAUUCUUGAACAAGCCGGGGUAGGAAUUCUUUUGGCUAACAUGGGCAUUGGUUCAGAAUCAGCUUCUUUUCUAAUCAGCGGUGUCACAACUUUGCUGAUGCUUCCUAGCAUCGGUGUCGCCAUGAAACUUAUAGAUCUAGCGGGCCGAAGGAUGUUACUUCUAGCAACUCUUCCUGUUCUUUUGGCAUCACUCAUUGUGCUAGUAUUAAGCAACACUAUCCCAAUGGACUCAGUUGUUCAUGCGGUCAUAUCCACCGUAAGUGUUGUGGUUUACUUUUGCACCUUUGUGAUGGGCUUCGGGCCGAUCCCCAACACACUUUGCUCUGAGAUCUUCCCGACUCGUGUUAGAGGUCUUUGUAUUGCCAUUUGUGCACUUACAUUUUGGGUUGGUGACAUUAUUGUUACUUACACGCUUCCUGUGUUGCUCACCACCAUCGGGCUAGCGGGUGCUUUUGGAAUAUAUGCGGUCGUGUGCACCAUUUCUUGGUUUUUUGUUUAUUUCAAAGUGCCCGAGACGAAAGGCAUGCCACUUGAAGUUAUUACCGAGUUCUUCGCCAUGGGUGCUGCUAAUAAGAAGGCAAACUGA